AUGCAACGCGGUGAGGGCCUGCCGUCUUUGGCAGAGCUGGAACGUGACUUCGGAGCGUAUGCCCGAUCAGUGGGUUUCAAAGGUGACGUCAACCAGCUUUGGGAAGAGGCCCAGGCGGUGGCAGCAGCUACGUCACUGGGACAGGAGGUAGGCGAGACUGCUUUGAAGAAGGCUGCAGACAUUCAGCUGCGACCCUUGCCAGAGGGAGGUGCUGUGUCCAGUCCUCCGCGUCGAGGCGUGCCUUGGAAGCCCAACGGAGACCAUCCUGCAACCACGGGUGGACGCAAGGAGACGGGCGAUGACAAGAACGGGCACGGGCUGUCUGGUGGUCACAAAGGUGGCACGCUGCCAAUGGCGGCGCAGGAGUGCUUCCAGCAAGCGGAGGUUCUUUGUCAACGUCAACGGUUUUCUGAGGCAGUGCCUCUUUUCCGACGAACCCUGGAGAUUCUGCAGGAGUCUGGGCUUGGCACAGAACCAGGAACAAGCGGGGCAGUGAUCACUGCCGAGGUAUGGGCGCACCUCGGUGUUGCAAUGCAGUCGUUGGACCAGGUUCCUGAAGCGAUUGAGAGCUACAAGCGAGCAGUGUCACUUGAUCCAGCCCUCCAUGUCUGCUUCGCAAAUCUUGCAACGCUUCAUGCAUACUUGAAUGACUCCCAGAAAGCGCUCGAGUACAUUGGGAGUGCCAUCGAACUGGACCCUGAAAACCGGACCUACACACAACUCAGGCGUCAAUUCGACUGCCAGGCCCAAGAGACCUCGGAGGUGGGGCAGGAUUUUUUUUAA